UAAUUUUUCCUUAUUUAAACGUCUUGAAUGUGCAAAUGUCACAAAAUAGCUGUUGUAGAAUGUCUUUCCCAAAUAAAGACGAACGAACAAAGUGUUGGAAUUAUAGGGAUGAAUAUUGGAAGUGUCUGGAUACCGGUAAAUUAGAUUCAGAAUGUAAGAAAUACAGAGAAGAAUAUGAAAAAUUUUGCCCCGCAUUAUGGGUAAAACACUUUGAUCGUAAGCGAGAGUACUUGAAAUUCAAAGAGCAAAUAGAGCAAGGGGGGUAUGUUCCUGGACAAUCAAAUCCAGCAUAACUCUAAUUUAGUGAUUACAAUUUAUAAGUUACCACAUUUGAACUAAUAGUUAAUGAACUGUUUUCAAAUUAAGUUUUCUUAUUUUUGUUAUAAUAAAACAA